UGAAGAUCGAUGCGAGGGAAAACCAGAUUAACUCUCUUGGUUGUAUCUCGAUGUGUAGGUAUAUUCAUUCCACCUCUCGUCUUGAUUUUGAUCUUGCGGUUCCUACUAUCACGUCUUCCUGAUCUGGUAUAUCAUAUCAUUGGUUGGCAUCCCCCAAGUUGCCUAGAGGGCCGAGGCACCAGAAAAGGUUAUUGGUGGUACGGACACGUUCAAGUCUUAGGGCAAUAGAGAGUUGCUUCAGCCCUGCGUCCCCAACUCAAUGUCGCCUCAAUCAAUUAUUGGGGUAAGAGAACGCGUGUUGGCUGGAAUGUACGCGGGGCAAGAUCAGUAUUACCAUACGAACAAGUCGUUCCCUAGAAACCGUUGAUAAAGUGUUAACUCGCGC